CAGACCACAACCGUUAAAACACAUUCCAACCCGAAGAAUUUCCUGUUCAGAAGUGGAUAUCGUUCUAAGAAUUAACACGAAGAGCGCGUUAUUAUUAUUAUUAUUAUAAAAUCGCUGUAGUCCGGACUCAUUAUAGUUCCUGUGCCGCGCUUUCCACACGGACUUGUUUGACAGGAGCGCCCUGUGUCUGCUUGAGAUGGCGGCCAGAUCGGAGAACGCGAGGGCCGAAUAAACAGUCAACCUGCGCGUCUACAACCUCCCGAGAAGCGCAAGCCGUGUUAUUUACCACAUAUCUACACCCUCUAGAAACGCCAUGGAAGGCGGGAAACCCACCCUGCCGCUGGUUUUCCAGGCCGUGCAGGCGCUGUACCACGACCCGGACCCCGCCGGCAAGGAGCGCGCCUCGGUCUGGCUGGGAGAGCUGCAGAGAUCGAUGUAUGCAUGGGAGAUCUCGGAUCAGCUUCUGCAGCUGAAGCAGGACGUGGAAUCGUGUUACUUCGCGGCCCAGACAAUGAAGAUGAAGAUCCAGACGUCGUUCUACGAGCUUCCCCCAGAGACCCACACCUCACUGAGAGAUUCGCUCCUGUCUCACAUCCAGAACCUCAAAGACCUGUCUCCAAUCAUCGUCACACAGCUUGCAUUGGCAAUCGCAGAUCUGGCUCUUCAGAUGCCCUCGUGGAAAGGCUGUGUUCACACCCUCAUAGAAAAAUACAGUAACGAUGUGUCCUCCAUGCCUUUCUUGAUUGAGAUACUCACCGUUCUGCCAGAAGAGGUGCAUAGCCGCUCUUUGAGGAUUGGAGCCAAUCGACGGACAGAGAUCAUUGAGGAUCUGGCCUACUACUCUACCACAGUGGUCACGCUUCUGGUGACGUGUGCGGAGAAGUCCGGACAUAAUGAGAAGAUGUUUAUCAAGGUGUUCCGGUGUUUGGGCAGCUGGUUUAAUUUAGGAGUGCUGGACAACAACUUCAUGGCCAGCAAUCAAUUGCUGAUGAUUCUCUUUCAAGUGCUGCAGAGGGAUGAGACGUCCACAAACUUGCAUGAAGCGGCAUCGGACUGCGUGUGCUCAGCACUGUAUGCGAUCGAGAAUGUGGCCAUACACAUGCCUUUGGCCAUGCAGCUCUUCCAGGGAGUCCUCUCUCUAGAAACGGCUUACCACAUGGCUGUAGCCCGAGAGGACCUCGAUAAGGUGCUAAAUUAUUGCCGGAUCUUUACGGAAUUGUCUGAGACAUUUUUGGAGAUGACUGUAAGGACUCCUGGCCAGGGCAUGGGAGAUCUACGCACCCUAGAGUUACUGCUGAUUUGUGCUGGCCAUCCCCAGUAUGAGGUGGUUGAGAUCUCGUUCAACUUCUGGUACCGUCUGGGAGAAAAUCUUUAUAAAAUGAACGAUCCAGCGAUUCACAGAAUAUUCAAGCCGUACAUACAGAGACUACUGCACAGUCUCGCCCGCCACUGCCAGCUCGACCCAGAUCAUGAAGGAGUGCCAGAGGACACAGAUGAUUUCGGGGAGUUCAGGAUGAGAGUGUCUGAUCUUGUGAAAGAUGUUAUUUUCCUAGUAGGAUCCAUGGAGUGUUUCUCUCAGCUGUAUUCGACUCUGAAGGAGGGAAACCCCCCAUGGGAAGUAACUGAGGCUGUUCUGUUUAUCAUGGCAGCCAUAGCUAAGAGUAUAGAUCCUGAGAAUAAUCCCACUCUGACAGAGGUGCUGGAGCAGGUAGUGUUGCUUCCCGAAACGGUCCACAUUGCCGUUCGCUACACCAGCAUCGAGCUAGUUGGCGAGAUGAGCGAAGUGAUUGACCGGAACCCUUGCAUGUUAGAUCCUGUUCUGAUCUUCCUGAUGAAGGGUUUGCGGGAGAAGCCGUUGGCCUCUGUGGCAGCUAAAGCCAUUCACAACAUCUGCUCGGUGUGUCGAGAUCACAUGGCACAGCACUUCCAGGGCCUGCUGAACAUCGCCCGCGCGCUCGACUCAUUCGCCCUGUCCACAGAAGCUGCAGUUGGCCUGCUAAAAGGCACAGCGCUGGUGUUGGCCCGCCUGCCCCUGGAGAAGAUCGCGGAGUGUCUGAACGAUCUGUGUGCAGUUCAGGUCAUGGCACUGAGGAAGCUGCUGGCUCAGGACUCCAAUAGUGGGAAGUCAUCAGACCCCACUGUGUGGCUGGACAGACUGGCUGUUAUCUUCAGACACACAAACCCCAUCGUAGAGAAUGGACAGACACACCCCUGCCAGAAAGUCAUUCAAGAGAUCUGGCCAGUGUUGUCGGAGACGCUAAAUGCCCACCAGAAUGAUAACAGGAUAGUGGAGCGCUGCUGCCGCUGCUUGAGAUUUGCAGUGCGUUGCGUAGGCAAAGGCUCUGCGUCCCUAUUACAGCCACUUGUUACUCAGAUGGUGAGUGUGUACCAGGUGUACCCUCACUCCUGUUUCCUGUACCUGGGCAGCAUUCUAGUGGAUGAGUAUGGCAUGGAGGAAGGAUGCAGACAAGGCCUGUUGGAUAUGCUACAGGCUCUCUGUAUGCCGACCUUCCAGCUGUUAGAGCAGCCUAAUGGACUGCGCAAUCACCCCGACACAGUGGACGAUCUUUUUAGACUUGUCACAAGGUUUGUCCAGCGUAGUCCAGUCACGUUGCUGAGCAGCAGUAUUAUCGUCCACAUCAUCCAGUGUGCCAUCGCUGCCACCACCCUGGACCAUCGAGAUGCCAACUGCAGCGUCAUGAAGUUCAUCAGAGACCUCAUUCACACCGGGGUCACCAAUGACCAUGAGGAUGACUUUGAGACACGAAAGCGUCUGAUUGGCCAGGUGAUGGAGCAGCAUGGGCAGCAGCUAGUGACUCAGCUGAUCAACACCUGCUGUUUCUGCCUGCCGCCUUAUACUCUUCCUGAUGUGGCGGAGGUUCUCUGGGAGAUCAUGCUCUUUGAUCGGCCGACGUUUUGUCGGUGGCUGGAAACCACACUGAAGGGUCUUCCAAAAGAAACAGCAGGAGGCGCUUUAUCCGUCACAAACAAGCAGCUUACCGACUUCCAUAAGCAGGUCACGAGUGCAGAGGAAUGUAAACAGGUUUGUUGGGCAAUAAGAGAGUUCACCAGGCUGUACCGAUAGCUGUCCUUAAUGUGCUGAUGCUGCAAGACCAGGUCAGAUUUUUUUGUUUUGCUAACAUUUGGAGGAAUAGGCAAAGGGAGCCAUGAUGACCACUGUUGAGAAACUAAAGGGAACUCUCGCAUGAAGGAUUUGUGGGAUUUGGCAAAAUGGGAAAGCCGACCAAUUGAAUUGGAGCUUUGGAAUGGCAGGGUAUCAGGAAAAGCAAAUUGCCUUGUGGGUGUCAAAAGACCGCAGCCCCAUCCCUCCCUUUUACCCCUACGAGCACACAGAUGCCAGCCGCAGCCAGAGAAGGUGGGGAGGGGGGAUAUUUCGGAAGGGACUCCGUCGUCUUGUGGGAGGGGGGCCGUCGAAUGGACACUGAAACACGUACACUCAUUUCAAAAUAUGGAUGAACGUCUGCAUCGAUCGGAUUUUCGGGGUUCCAUCAAAAACCAACGACAAAUAAGGAUGUGCCUGGUUGCAAAUCAUAAUGCAUCGUUAAAAAAGAGAGACUUGUACGUUUUUAAAAACAAAAAUGGAGAUUUAUUUUCAUGGACGUGUGUUGUUUAGAGAUCAAGUUAUGGCUUUGCUGCCAGUGCCAUAAAAUGAUUACCAAACUAAAGAUUGUCGCAGCAAGCAGCAGUCUGCGCCUGUGGGACAUUUGCAGAGGGAGAGUUGGCGUCACCCUUGACCUUUUUAAAAGUUGGCUGGGAUUUUAUUCGUACAGGUUAUGCUGUAAAAUAUGGAGUGGACUGACUGGCAGGGGCUUUUUUUUUGUUCUUUCACCAUAUUGGCAUAUCUCGAGAUGCAGAGAUCGUCUUCGGGCCGAUUGUGUGAACAAAUAAACCAACAUUGUGAGGAACAAA